UCCUUCUCCUUUCUCUCUCCUCCUGCCUCCCAUUUCUCUCUCUCUCUCUCUCUCUUCUUCCUUGCUGUGCACUGCAAACCAACCAUAACUCUCUCUUGUUCUCUUCCCUGCGUGAACCGCGGAGCAAGAAGGAAGGGGGACGUUGGGGACUUUUGGGGUUGGGAAGCCUACAUAUCAUUUCACUAAUUCGGGCGUGGUUUGGGCUGGGAGGGAAGGAAUCCGUGGGGCUGCAGCCCCAUCCGGGCUGAGGGUUUGAAGGAGCCGGCCCUUUGGUGUGCUCCCCCCCAAUCGGGGAAAAGGGGGGGCAAGGGUUGCUGCUUUGUUGCCUGUUGCCGUUGCAGCAGCGUUACGCGAUUGGGGAUUCGACCAUCAGCAGGGCGAAGUGACGGUUCUGCGCCACUUUUCCUCCAAUCCCAUCAAUCCUGAUUUGAUUGAAUUUUAACACAAGAUGGGAUUGUAAUCUCGGUUUCUGUUUUGAGCGGCUCUCUCUGAGGGUUUGCUCCGUCCUGUAUCGGGAAGGAAGGAGCCCUUGGAUUUCCGUCUCCAUGGCGCCCUUGUAGUCUCAGGAAUCUAACUCUGUAGAUUUAGUGUAAAUAUUAGUGGUAGCAGCUGUUGAGGAAGCUCCGGUCUCCUUAGUAGCCACCCUGUGAAUAUGUCGUCAGCAGGUGUGAUCGUCCUGGGGCCAAUCCCAGAAGACCCUGCCUUCCUGCCCAUCAGCUUCACUGGCAGCCGGUCGCCACACUGCUCGUCUGGGUCACAGCUGCAGGAUUCCAUUCUUAUUUUCCUUGCUGUGCCUGGUAUGCCACCCAUGCCCAUGAGCGUGCUAGGAUCUGAGUCCAUUGCCUCGGUCAAGCUGCGCAUCCAGCGGUUCAAGGGCUUUGUGGUGACGAAGCAGCGGCUUGUGCUGGAUGGGCAUGAGCUGGCAAGAAACAACUGCCCAGUCAAGGAUUAUGGGCUGGCCGAGGGAAAUGUUCUGCACCUUGUUAUUCGGCUUUCUGAUCUCCGUGUGAUCAACAUUGAGACUGCCACUGGAAAGAAGUUUCAAUUUCAGGUGGAUCAGAGCCGCAAUGUUAAGUUUCUCAAGAACAAGCUUGCAGCAGAGGGUGAUGAGGAUAUUGGUAAUCUUGAGGAUCACAAACUUGAAUAUGAUGGUGAGGAGCUUGAGGACCACCAGCUUGUAGCUGAUAUUAGCAAGAGGGAUGAUGCUGUGAUUCAUUUGUUCAUCCGCAAACCAGCAAAGGUGCGGACACAACAAGUUGACAGAGAUACUUUGGUUACAGUUAUCAAUCCACAGGAGAAAGGCAACCUGCAAAAUGAAGCUCGUGCAAUGAACUCCGCAAGAUCAGUUGGGGUUAGGCCUGCUCCUGUUGAACCAAUAGUUAACCGAAAAGUGAAGCUAUCACCUGAAGUGAUGAAGAUGAUAAAUUCAACCAUAGCUGGACUGGAGAAAGGGCACCUGCCUGUGAUGUCAGCUGAAGGUUCAGGAGGUGUUUAUUUCAUGCGAGAUGCAGCAGGUCAGAAGAAUGUUGCUGUGUUUAAGCCUAUUGAUGAGGAACCCAUGGCCAAAAACAACCCAAGGGGCCUUCCUUUGUCCACAGAUGGGGAGGGGAUGAAGAGGGGAACAAUUGUAGGGGAAGGUGCAUUCAGGGAGGUUGCGGCUUAUAUUCUUGACCAUCCCGUUAGUGAUAGUAAAUCUGGUCACAGUGUAGGGUUUUCUGGUGUGCCUCCCACCACAUUGGUCCGAACCUUACAUAGGGGGAAGAGCUUCAAGAUUGGUUCACUGCAGAUGUUCAUGGAGAACAAUGGAAGCACUGAAGAUAUGGGUCCUCGACCUUUUCCUGUCAAGGAGGUUCACAAAAUAGCAGUACUAGAUAUUAGGUUAGCUAAUGCUGAUCGUCAUGCUGGGAAUAUUCUAGUGUGCAAGGAGGGAGAACUUGGCAACUACAAGCUGAUUCCAAUUGAUCAUGGUUAUUGCUUGCCAGAGAAGUUUGAAGAUUGUACAUUUGAGUGGCUCUACUGGCCCCAAGCCCGUGAGCCAUUCAAUGAUGAAACCAUUGAAUACAUCAAAUCACUUGAUGCUGAAGAAGACAUCAAGCUUCUCAAGUUCCAUGGGUGGGAGCUGCCUCCACGAUGUGCUCGUGUCCUGCGCAUCAGCACAAUGCUUUUGAAGAAAGGUGCAGCUCGUGGCCUCACACCACAUGACAUAGGGCGCAUACUAUGCAGGGAAACUGUGAAUAGGGGCUCUGAGAUUGAGGAUAUCAUUCAGGAAGCAGAGGAUGCUGUUCUCCCAGGGUCCAGUGAAAACAUGUUUGUAGAAACUGUAUCUGAAAUCAUAGACCAUCACCUUGACAAGGAGUGAGUUUAGAAAUUCAGAAUAACUGAUCUAGUUGUUCCAGCUGUAUCCGGUUUGUUGUAAGUAUUGUUGACAAGGCACUGGUCAAGGGACUAAUGAUUUCAUUUGUUUGUAUCCUCAAAUGAUUUCACUUGGUUGUAAUUGCUCAGAGUACUUAGCUUAUGCACAUUUUGUGAAUAAUAAGUUUGUUCAGUUAGACCUUAA